CACCACGGGGCGCGGAGCCUUGCACAACCGAUCGGCGCCAUGCAUAAGGCGGGGCUGCUGCUGGGCGCCUGUGUCCGGUCUUGGAAGUCGGUGCGGAUGGCUAGCUCCGGGGUGGCGCGCCGGGACCCGCUCGCGAAUAAGGUGGCCCUAGUAACGGCCUCCACCGACGGGAUCGGCUUGGCGAUCGCCCGGCGUCUGGCCCAGGACGGGGCCCACGUGGUGGUCAGCAGCCGGAAGCAGCAGAACGUGGACCGGGCAGUGGCAGCGCUGCAGGGGGAGGGGCUGAGCGUGACGGGCACCGUGUGCCAUGUGGGGAAGGCUGAGGACCGGGAGCGGCUGGUGACCACGGCCGUGAAGCUUCACGGGGGCAUCGACAUCCUGGUCUCCAACGCUGCCGUCAACCCUUUCUUUGGAAACCUCAUGGACGUCACCGAGGAGGUGUGGGACAAGAUUCUGGACAUUAAUGUGAAGGCCACAGCCCUGAUGACAAAGGCAGUGGUGCCAGAGAUGGAGAAACGAGGAGGCGGCUCAGUGGUGAUUGUGGCCUCCAUAGCAGCCUACACCCCGUUUCCUGGCCUGGGCGCUUACAAUGUCAGUAAAACAGCCUUGCUGGGUCUCGGCAAGAACCUGGCCAUAGAACUGGCCCACAGUAACAUAAGGGUGAACUGCCUGGCGCCCGGAAUCAUCAAGACUAACUUCAGCCAAGUGUUGUGGAUGGACAAGGCAAGAGAGGAGACCUUAAAAGAAGCCCUGCGGAUAAGAAGGUUAGGCACGCCAGAAGACUGUGCAGGCAUUGUGUCUUUCCUGUGCUCUGAAGAUGCCAGCUACAUCACUGGGGAAACAGUGACCGUGGCUGGAGGGGCCCCCUCCCGCCUCUGAGUACCUGGAGAGAGGCUACCAGGGCAGAGGUUGGGCUUCAGCCCCCAUCGGGUUCCAGCACUAAUCUACCAGCCGUUACCACCUCUAUCACACCGCUCACCAUUCCC